GGUAGUGACAAGUGCUAAGGAGAAAAAUUAUAUAAAAAGUGGAGAAAGGACUGGUGUGGAACCUGUAGUGCAAUUUUACUAAGAAAACGAGGGAACCCCAAGUGUAGCAAACUGAAUCAGGGAAGGGCCUGUGAGUCUCUGUUCUGACAGAAACAUAAACAAAGGAAGGUUUUGGUUUGGGAAGAAAGAAGGAAGUAAAACGCAUGAUAUCUUAAAUAAUUCUGUUACUUUUUCAAUUCGGAAAAAAAAUACAGACAUUGUGAGGUUUAAGACAAACAUUCGUCUCUAGGGGAAUUCUCACCUCAGCUUCUCUGGGGAGACAGUGUUUUCCGCCCCCGAACAGCCUCUGAUUCGCUGGGUGGAGGCGCUACUCUGUGCCUAUUGGUCCUCGUGCCUGUCCCCAGAAGGACGGCCAUCUCGAGUCCCGCUCCCACCGCGGUACCUUGUGGGAAUUGUAGUCACCACUCUGCUCCGACUGGUCGCUAGAGUUUUUGCCCUCUGUUCCCGGCCCCUCAGGCAGCACCCCAGGUGGGCACACGCUCAGGCACUGCUUCUGUCCCGCGCUCCCUCCCUCUGUCUUUCACUUCCCAGCUGCCAAGAUCUUGGAAGCUUUGAAGCUCAGCAAAGAAGGGGAUCCACUGAGAAUAGUCUGUAAAGGUAUCCCAAAUUGCCUGCCUGCCUAGACCCUGGGUAAAAGCCUUGUGCAUCCUGCCACUGAGCACUGAAGAGGUAACAGUCAUCAGAGAGAUUUCAACUGUGAGAAAAUGUCAUUCCGAUUUGGCCAACAUCUCAUCAAGCCCUCUGUGGUAUUUCUGAAGACAGAACUGUCCUUUGCCCUUGUGAACAGGAAACCUGUGGUACCAGGACAUGUCCUCGUGUGUCCCCUUCGGCCAGUGGAGCGCUUCCGAGAUCUGCGUCCCGAUGAAGUGGCUGAUUUGUUUCAGGCAACCCAGAAAGUCGGCACUGUGGUGGAAAAGCAUUUCCAGGGGACUUCUCUUACCUUUUCUAUGCAGGAUGGCCCCGAAGCCGGACAGACUGUGAAGCAUGUUCACAUCCAUGUUCUUCCCAGAAAGGCUGGAGACUUUCACAGGAAUGACAGCAUCUAUGAUGAGCUCCAGAAACAUGACAAAGAGGAGGAGGACUCCCCAGCCUCGUGGAGAUCGGAGGAGGAAAUGGCAGCAGAAGCCGCAGCACUGAGGGUCUACUUUCAGUGACGCAGGCAUGAAAAGUAAUGUGAACAAAUCCCAAGGCAUGAGGAAGUGGGCCUCGUUCUCUAGGACCCUGCGGCGUUGGAAAUGAAGCUGAGCAGACUUUAUUACAUCCUACAAUUCUGCAACCUUUUGCAAAGCAUUUUAUUACACUUGUGGAAGUCAACAGGGUUACAUUUCAAUCAUGAUGACUGACAGGCUAACUUCAAAACAACAGCAUCGGCAGCCUUCCACACUUCCUGGUCUGUCUACUUAGAACAGAACCCUUCCUGAAUUGUUCCUUGGCCUGGGUGGAAAUAAAAUGGUAGUUAAAAUAUU